AUGCAUCGCGGCCUGCUCACACUGUCCGCCGUUGGAGCAGCAACUUUGCUGUCACAGCCAGCUUGGAAGACAGCACAGUACAUCAGGAGACAGCAGAAGAAGCUCAACCGAUAUACUGGAAAAAGGUUUCUGAACCCGUUGGCAGCAAACGCCAUCUGUGGGGCGGUGGGAGAGAUCGCGCAGAUCAUUGCCAUGUACCCAGUGGACACUUUGAAAGUGCAGUGCCAGGCUCAGGGCAGCUGCGUGCGGGGCGUGCUGUCCGGCCUGCGAGCGCGGCACUUGGGCCCCUUGCAAACACUGCGCUCCAUGUAUGCUGGCUGCGGUUCUGCGGCCACAUGCUCCGCCUUCAUCGGUGCUGCAUACCUUAGUCCCACGGGCAUGGCCUUGGCUGCCGCCUGUGUCUCGAGCAUGGUGGGGAGCAUUUUCGAAGCGCCAAUGGAAAUGUUCAAGCACAGAACACAGGCGGGCCUCAUACAGGGGCGGAUGCUGAACAACAUGUCUGCAGCGCUGAGAAAGAACGGCAUUGGGGCUCUGUACAGCGGCUAUCUGGCAUUCAUCCUCAAGUCACUGCCGUACGACGUGGCAGAGCUUGUCACCUACUCAGAGCUCAGCAGACUGCAGGGGCCGCUGCAGAGGAUACCCCAGGGCUGCAGGGACGUCCUCUCAGGGGCGUGCGCGGGGGCGGCAGCGGUGGUUGCGUCGAUGCCGGCGGACUGCGUGAAGAUGCGCAUAGAGCUGUCGGGGGUGACGCCGCGCGCGGGCCUGCUGCCCAGCCUGGCGCUGUUCCUGGGCACUGCGCGCGCGAUGGUGCGCCAGGGCGGCCCCGGCGCGCUCUUUGUCGGUAUGGCCCCACGCCUGGCCGACAAGGUGCCCGGCACCAUCGUCUACUGGCUGGCGGUGGAGGGGUGCCGGCGAGCGCUGGCGCCAUACAUGCAUUUGGACAGCGAAGUGGAAAUGGAUACUCUGGAUGAGAUUUCAGAGAGUGGCACACUGCAGAUUGCCUGCUGA